AUGGCCGAUAUAGAGUUAGACAUCCUUGACAAGGCAGUGCUCUCAGCACCAGCUCAUGCCCAUGAGAUUAGGGUUCUCAACACGGUCAUAGCUGUGGUCUCGGUGUUGAGCAUCAUUGGAGCAGGAUGGAUUGUCAUGAGUUUCUGCUUGUUCAAACAAGUCCGAACGUUUCGCCACCAACUCAUCCUCGGACUAGCGAUUUCGGAUUUCUUGAUGGCGGUCAACUUUCUGUCAUCUUGCGCAGUCAACCUCUCUGGUCACAUUCUCUCAGAUCCGCGACAGAAGACAUUUUGUAGUUUUAAUGGCUUCAUGACUCAGUUCUUCGUGGUCCAAACAGACUACUGGGUGCUCGUCAUUGCCGUUUCUACCUUUCUCAUCUUAGCAAACUACAAGCUUCAGUCGACGUGGAUCCAAGAGCAUCGUAUCGUACUAUGGUGCUUGCCUUGGGGAUUUUCCGCACUCUGGGCAACCCUAGGACUUGUAAUUGGAGGAUAUGGAGAUAUCGGUGCUUGGUGCUGGUUCACUAGCGAUCGUGUUCGCCUCCUAGUCAACUUUAUCCCACGUUGGUUCAUCAUCCUCAUCAUCCUCGGCCUUUAUGUCCAUCUCUACCGCCUCAUCUACAAGGCCCACAAUCGAUUUAUGAGUUUCAACGACGAAGCUUCGCCACACUCCCUUUCGCCAGAAACAGAGUCCGUGUCCUCCACGCGUCGAAUUGGCCGGCCUUCUAAGAUGGCAUAUCAGAUGAUGUCGUAUCCUCUGGUGUAUAUGAUUAUAUGGACAAUUCCUACCACGAUUCGUAUAUACCAAUCUUCUACUGGCAAAGCGGCUCCGUUCGGAAUAGCGACAGUAGAUAAAGCCUGCAUCGUAGUCCAAGGCUUCGCCGAUGCCAUCAUUUACGGAUUGAACGAAACAUCACUAGGCGCCUGGCGCGACCGAUUCCAAAAGAUGCCGCCCACAGCUCCAGCGCCUCCUCAACAGCGACAUUUUGCUGUCAACGUGCAACACGAUAUUGUUGUGGAGCGCAGUUCGCGCAUGUCUCCUACUGGAUAG